AUGGAUAAUCUAGCCAGUGUAGGAUUAGCAUAUUUUGUGCUAUGUGAGACCCCAAAUGGCUCAAUUGGAAGCUGCAAAUUACUUGUUGCCUGCGAGAGUCUUUAUAAUCUUGCAAAGAAUCCGCAAACGGAAGAGGAUGUGCAUUUCUUACGCAAGAGUCAAUGUGGAGUCGCAAAUAAUAGUCCACUUGUUUGCUGUGCAGAAACCCAAAAUGAAGUAGCUACCCAACUAUGUCAAACACCAAAUGGAGAAGAAGGUAAUUGUAUAGUCAUAGAAGAAUGUCCGCCUUUGUAUAAACUGGCAUUGAAGAAGGAUAUAACGCAAGCAGAAAUAGCAUUUUUGAGAGGCAGCAAGUGCGGAAAUGAAGUCGAUAGCAGAAAUGUUUGUUGUCCAAAACUGAAGGCAUUGGACACUGCGCCAAAACCAAAAGUUCGUGCAAUCUUCGAUGAAAUUUCCGACAUUGCAACAUGUCAAACACCAGACGGACUAGCAGGCGAGUGUAUAGCCAUAGAUGAUUGCAAUGCCUUGAGUUACCUUUUUCAAAAAGAGCAAUUAACGGCGGCUGAAUUGUUAUUUGUACGGCGAAGCGAAUGUGAAACAGGAGAGUCUCAAAUUUGCUGUCCGAAGACUACGAGUAAAGAUGACGAAGAGCAGAAAAUUAAAAAAGCUUUUGGUGGGCAUUCAGGUGUAGUAGUGAGUUAUGAUGUUUUGGAUUAA